CUGUGCUGACCACAUAAACACUGCACAUACAUGGUGCAUGGGGAGAUAAUGGCGUUCACACCAUCCUUUCAGGAUGGAGGUUUCGGGCAGUGGGUGGGCAGCUGAGCUCACUCCUCCGUGUGUGACACAAGCUGCAAAUGGAAACGACUCUGGUCAGGUGUUUGAGGUGGCGCUGCAGAACAGCUCCUCCAAGCGCAGCCCCCAGUUUGCGGGCGUGGAGCUGCUGCAGUCCUUCAAGCUGCUUAUCAUUCCCUGCUACACCCUCGUGGCUCUGGUGGGCGUCUUUGGCAACUACCUGCUCCUCUACGUCAUCUGCCGCACUCGCAAGAUGCACAACGUCACCAACUUUUUCAUUGGAAACCUGGCUUUCUCUGACAUGCUGAUGUGUGCUACGUGUGUCCCCUUCACGCUGGCCUACGCCUUCAACCCACACGGUUGGGUGUUUGGUCGCUUCAUGUGCUACCUGGUGUACCUCAUACAGCCAGUGACGGUGUACGUGUCAGUGUUCACCCUCACUGCCAUUGGUGUAGACAGAUAUUAUGCCACGGUGCACCCGUUGAAAAAGCGGAUUUCGGUCUUGGCGUGCACCUACCUCCUGUCUGGGAUCUGGCUGUUGUCCUGUUGUCUGGUGGCCCCGGCUGUGGCUCACACCUACCACGUGGAAUUUAAAAACGAAGGCUUCACCAUCUGCGAGGAGUUCUGGAUGGGCCAGGAGAGGGAGCGGCUGGCCUACGCCUACAGCACUCUCUUCAUCACCUAUGUCCUGCCUCUGUCGGCCCUCUGCAUCUCUUACCUGUGCAUCUCCGUCAAACUGCGGAACUGCGUCAUACCCGGCCACCACACAGAGAGCCAGGCAGAGGCUCAGCGCGUUCGCAAACGCAAGACCUUCCGUCUGGUGUCCCUGGUGGUGGCAGCAUUUGGCAUCUGCUGGAUGCCCAUCAGCGUGUUCAAUGUCCUGCGUGACAUUGACAUCGAUCUGAUCGACAAGCAGUACUUUCUACUCAUUCAGCUGCUUUGCCAUCUGUGCGCAAUGAGCUCAUCCUGCUGUAACCCUUUCCUCUACGCCUGGCUGCACGACCGCUUUCGAGCUGAGCUUCGCAAAAUGUUCACGUGCCGCCGUCGCAUUGGCAUCUCAGCCAACAACUGCGCCACAGCCAGUGUGGUGUUGUGAAGCUUUUGUGUUUUAAGCUGAAGCUGGGUACCCACACUCAUCUCAUUCUGGUAAAGCAGUGAUAACAUUUAAGGCAGUCAGAAUUAGAGCAGCCUAGGCAUAGAUGGGAUAGGGUAGGAGUCUAAUGUAUGAUGAUCCAGCUCUUACCCGGCAUCCAUAUGAUAUACAAACUAAAUUAGUAGGAUACUGUCAAAAAUGUCUCUGUGUUGUUGGUCAGACAGAGAUAUAGCAUUACAAUCCAGAGAUGUGCUUCAUCACUCCUCUUUUCAAACUCUCCAGGAUUGUUUAACACAAUACGAUGCUUUAGGAACAGAAAAUAAGUUUACUGGUACUGAUUUUCAAGAACAAGGGUGAUGUGCAGAGCUGUAGAGGAAUAAAGCUCAUGAGGCACACCAUGAAGAGAUGGGAAAGACUGGUUGAAACUAGGCUGAGAAAAAAGGUGAUGAUAAGCGAGCAGCAGCAUGACUUCAUGUAGAGAAAGAGCACUACAGAUGUGAUGUUUGCUUUGUGUUGUUGGAGAAGUGUAGAGAGGGUCAAAUAGAGUUGCACUGUGUCUUUGUGGAUCUAGAGAAAGCAUAUGAAAAGGUGCCAAGAGAGGCGGUGUGGUACUGCAUGAUGGAAUGAGGAGUGGCAGAGAAGUAUGUGAGGGUGGUGCAGGACAUGUAUGAGGACAGUGAGACAGUGGUGAGGUGUGAGGUAGGAGUAAUGGUUUCAAGGUGAGGGGUGAGAUUGCAUAAGGGAUCAAGUAUGAGCCCCUUCUUGUUUGCAGUGGUGAUGGGUAGUCUGGCAGAGGAGGUCAGGUCAGAGGAGUCUCUGUGGUGUCUGUGAUGCUUGCAGAUGAUACUGUGAUAUGUAGUGAGAGUAGGGAGCAGGUGGAAGAUUUGUGACAGAAGGAUAACAGCAAGAGUGAAAAGGAAAGUUUGCAAGAUGGGAGUGAGACCUGCUAUGAUGUGUGGUUUGAAGACGUGCUAGUGACAAAAAGACAGGAGGCUGAGCUGGUGGUAGAAUUGAAGAUGCUAAGAAAGGAAUUACCAGGAGGGACAGGAUUAGAAAUGAGCAUGCCAGAGGGACAGCUCAGGUUGAGCAGUUUGGAGACAGAGUUAGAGAGAGACAAGCCCGAGAGGGCUCGAGAGGGUUUGACAUGUGCAAAAAAGGGAUGGUGGAUAUAUUGGACAAAGGAUAUUAAAGAUGGAGCUGUAAGACAGGAGACAAAGAGGAAGGCUACAGAGAAAAGUAGUGUGACAGAGGAUGCUGAGGAUGAGAUGGAGGGAGAUCUGCUGUGGCAACCCCUAAAGGGAGCAUCCAAAAGAAGAAGAGAAAGAUUUACUUUUAGCAUCUUUUUAAAAUCUAGGAUUUUAUGAAAAUAAUAUAAAAAUAGAAUCCCAAACAUGUCCUGUUCACAAAAAUACAGUAAAAUGCAAAUAUUAUAGAUUUGAAUUUUAAGGAGCUCAAUCCCAACUCAUUUAUUUAUCAUCCAUGCAAGAGAAGAGGCUGUAAGCAUAAGAUUAUUGUUGUUCAGCAUCAUAUAUAAAUUAUGACACCUGGAAAGUAUGAAAUGUAAAGUUAUUAGACUUGGUACUGGGUGAAGAACAUCUACAGUCUUUAAUGAAAUAAUGUCAAAUAGAUCACGUUUCCAAUAAGUUAUGAAGGAUUUGAAACAUAUUUAAGAGCGCUUAAUGCUUAAUAAGAGUGCUUCACCUCUAGAGGGCGCCACAUAUAUGAAAAGUUCAAUUGGCUGCAGUUUGUGUGAUCUAGGGUCAUAACAGUCAGUUCCUAAAAAGUGAGUAUGAUUGCUUGCAAUGGCAUGCAAAUAUACAUUUGAAGAUAUUUCAUAUAAAGAUAUAUAUAUAUUCUCCAGUUUUGUGCGUGAUGUCUUUGCCCUCAGCUUUCUCCACCGUCUCAGUUUUGAAUCCCCACGUGCCCAACUCUUACUUGGCAUAUUCACAGCAAUUCGUGCAUGUUCAAGUGCUUAUUAUUUAUCAACAGCUGCUGAUUGUUUGAGUGCUCACCAUAUGCCUGAACACUGAUCGCUACAGCUUGAGGUGAUUUUCUGCCAUUUAAACUGUAAAGCCUCAUAUGUACACUUCCUUUCCCUUUUCCCGAUCAGCUUUGCAGCGCAGCUAUGGCUGCAGACCCAUUUACAUUUACGUUACUUUAACUGCCGAGAACAACGCAAAAGACUGAGAAUAUUGUGAAAAAGCAACCACGCUCAAAUGCUCAAAUGUUAUUGUUCUGGAUAAAA